CUCGGCUCAGAAGCCAACACCAACGCGGCCUGUAUUUACUUCUCUUGCCUGCCUCCAGCCGCCGACCUCCCACUUCUCCUCGUCCUACGUACGCAGCCUAUACCCAUUGUUUCGUCCGAUCAUUCCUUUGCAUCUUCUGUUCUAGUCUGGCCGAUUGCCUAUUGACCGCUAUAACUCGCUAGCGACAAUUGCCAUUCUCUCUGCAGCACCACCACCAGUCACUCGUUUGACACCCAGCCCCACCUACUGCGAGGGCACAUACAGUCGCCAUGGUUCUCAUUGAGAAUCAAGAAUACCUCUGCGAGGAGGAGAAGCGCCUCAAGCAGGACCGCGAGCGCACCGCCUACUGGAAGAAAUGGGGCACCUACCUUGCCGAGCGGCAGUGGGCGACCGUUCGCGAAGACUACUCCCACGACGGUGACGCAUGGAGCCAUUUUACUCACGACAUGGCGCGCUCAAGAGCCUUUCGAUGGGGCGAGGACGGCAUUGCUGGCAUUUCUGACUCGCAUGGACUACAGAACAUUGGCUUCGCCUUUUGGAACGAGAAGGAUGAUUUUCUCAAGGAACGCUUGUUUGGCUUGUCCAACCCACAGGGCAACCACGGCGAGUCGUUGAAGGAAUGCCACUUUCACUUGGACAACACUCCGACGCAUUCGUACACCAAGUAUCUGUACAAAUACCCCCAGCGCGCAUUCCCGUACGAAGACCUGAUCAAGGAGAACGCGAAGCGUACCAGGCUCGAGCGCGAGUACAAUAUGAUUGAUACUGGCAUUUUCGAUGAUAACAAAUACUGGGAUAUCUUCAUCGAGACUGCGAAGGAGGCGGACAAUCCCGAGGAGAUUCUGUGCCGUGUUACAGCAUACAACCGUGGACCCGAGCCUGCCCCGCUGCACAUUGUGCCACACGUAUGGUUCCGCAACACUUGGUCCUGGGGACACGAGGAGCCCGAGAAGCGACCCUCUAUUCGAAAACUUGGCGAGACCACAGCAGUCUCCAAGCACCACAAGCUUGGUGAGCGAUAUUUCCAGUUGUCGCCAUCUCCGGGCGUCGGCCCCAGUGGGGAUGAUGUGCAGCCCAAGCUGCUGUUCACAGAGAACGAGACCAACUACAAGACACUAUGGGGCGGAGAGAACAAGACACCUUACGUCAAGGAUGGCAUCCACCGCCACAUCUGUGACAACGAGAAGGAUGCUGUAAAUCCUGAGAAUUUCGGGACCAAGACCGCCGCGUGGUACGCAUUCGACGAAGGCGAUGGCGUUGCUCCUGGCGAGUGUGCCGUUGUGCGUUUCCGCUUCUCUCAGCGGUACGAUGGCUACAUCGACGAAGAGCUCUUCGACGACAUCAUGGAGCAACGUCGCGCUGAGGCGGACGAGUUCUACUACCGAAUCAGCCCGAUGCCAAUGGCAGAUGACCUGCGCAACAUCCAGCGUCAGGCUCUGUCCGGCAUGCUCUGGUGCAAGCAAUACUACCACUUCAUUUGGGACCAGUGGGCUAACGGCGACCCUGGUAUGCCUCCACCUCCCCCGGGUCGAAAGGCCAUACGGAACAAAGAGUGGAAGCACAUGUUUCUGGACGACAUCCUGUCUAUGCCUGACUCGUGGGAAUAUCCGUUCUUCGCUGCAUGGGACAGCGCUUUCCACUGCCUGCCGCUGGCCAUGAUCGAUCCGGACUUCGCCAAGAAACAGCUGGAUCUGUUCACGCGCGAAUGGUACAUGCAUCCCAAUGGACAGCUGCCCGCCUACGAAUGGAACUUUGGUGAUGUGAAUCCGCCUGUGCACGCAUGGGCGUUGUACAGGGUCUUCAAGAUCGAACGCAAGAUGUACGGCCGUGAAGACUACGACUGUCUGGAACGUGUCUUCCAAAAACUCCUCCUCAACUUCACGUGGUGGGUAAACCGCAAGGAUACGGAUGGCAAGAACAUUUUUGAAGGUGGUUUCCUUGGCCUCGACAACAUCGGUAUCUUCAAUCGCUCCGACCCGCUACCAACGGGCGGUGUACUCGAACAAGCAGACAGCACAGGAUGGAUGGGCUUCUUCUGCUUGAAUAUGCUCAACAUCUGUCUCGAGCUUGCGAAGCGCCGACGCAUUUACGAAGACAUGGCUUCUAAAUUCUUCGAGCACUUCAUCAUGAUCAGCGACGCAAUGCAAUACCGCUCGGGCGGAGAAGCAAAGCCGCUCUGGAAUGAUGAGGAUGGCUUCUAUUACGAUGCUAUAUCGUGGGGUGGUCCUUGGAGCCAUCAGAUGCCGGUGCGGUCUUUAGUCGGCUUGAUUCCCCUAUAUUCUACCCUGACUCUCGAACCCGAGGUUAUCAAUCAGUUCCCAAGCUUCAAGAAGCGAGUCAACUGGUUCAUCGAGAACCGCAAAGAAACUGCUGACCGCAACAUUGCAUCGAUGAAGAAGCGCGGUGAGGGUGACCGCCUCCUCCUGUCUCUUGUGAACGAAGACCGUCUGAAGAAGAUAAUGAAGAGGAUGCUGGACGAGAGUGAGUUCCUCGCAGACCACGGCAUCCGCUCCAUGUCCAAGUAUCACAAGGAUCAUCCCUACUCAAUGGAUGUAAACGGGCAACGCUAUGAAGUAGCCUAUCUCCCUGGCGACUCGGACAGUGGACUUUUUGGCGGCAACAGCAACUGGCGUGGACCGAUCUGGAUGGCCGUCAACACCCUCCUCAUUGAAUCCUGCCAGCGAUUCUUCCUAUACUACGGCAACAACCUAAAGGUUGAAUGUCCCACCGGAUCCGGCGACUACAUGCAUCUCGGACACGUGGCCGAGGAACUGCAGCAUCGCCUCCAGCAUCUCUUCGCGCGCAAUGACGAAGGUGAACGAGCCGUAAACGAUGGCAACGAGAUGCUGAACUUUGAUCCCAACUGGAAAGACUACUUGUGGUUCCACGAGUUCUUCGAUGGCGACACGGGCCGCGGUCUCGGCGCAAGUCAUCAGUGUGGUUGGACUGGUCUGAUCGCAAAGAUGAUCCAUGACACUGGCAUGACUUGCCGUCUCCCUCAGACGCCACGUACACCAACAGCCGCAGCCGCCCAUUACUUUGAUGACAUAUGGAGCACAGCGGGCAAGCCGAAGAAGCCCCACCACCUCCGCCGAUCAUCCACUAGCCGUAGUAUCGGCUUCCGCAGCGACUGGGGGGGUUCAGCCAAUGGUGAUGAUGUCGAGCCUGAGAGGGCAAACUUCAACCGUACGAAUUCGAUCGGUUACCUCGAUGCGGACGCGCUCCGGAAGAAGCAGGAAAUGGACCAACAUGUUGCCAGCUAUGUCAGCGACCAGCUGUCCAGAAUCAAGAGCGGCGAUUCGAAUGAGUUCGACAGCGGAGAGUUGGAGGCCAGCCUAGACGGCGGUUUGGAGAUGAAGCCUAAUGGCCGCAAAAAGGGUCGCGAGAACUACUUUUCGAAGUAACGUUGUGCAUAGCUACAAGCAUACCUGGGCGUAGACUGGCUGGGGUUUUUAAAUUGGGUUUGCUGAAUCAGGCCAAGAAAAGUUUGAUGCAAUGGGGUUGGUCGACCUAGAGAAGACCUAGAUAGCUUCGCUGCUGCUAUUUGUUAGCACGCUUAACACUUAUCGCACUGUCC